AUGACAAAAGGGGCAGAUCUUAAGAAUUUAACAAAAAAUACUAAGACCACUUCCGCAGAAGCAAAGGCAGUGGGUUUGUCGAACGGGAAUGCAAAGAGCAACGCCUCCUCAUCACGUUCUAGUCCAAUUAUUGGUUCGAAACGUUUGAGUGAUUCUCCGGUACCAUUAAAUGAUGAUCCAACCGUUAAUGCCUCAGUAACAGUCAUCACAAAAGCUUCAAAUACUACGAAAUCCACAGUAACAAAAUCAUCACAGAACACACUUUCGUCUUCAAAAAAACCAUCACGGGUUAUGUCUGUAAUUCCUGAUGCAUCAAAAACAUCGACUACGCCACCCUUCAAGUCGCGCACUUUACCACUACCUACACAAAACGGAUUAAAAGCGAACUCAUCAAUUCCCGAAUCUUUUACUUCAGAUCUGAUUUUUGAAAAUAAGGCGAAAAGGAUAUCUUCAUCAAAUACAUCUUCAGAAGUGGAUGGAAUUUCUCCAACUGCCCGUCUCGCGUCAGCGGACGUUCAUGGCAGAUUUUCACCUGUUUUAAAAUCAGUUAACGUCAAAAAUACAAUUGCCACAUUAGAAAAAAAGGUGACACAAAAUGGUAGCGUUUCAGCAACAAGUAGCGAGAUGUCUCCAACUACAACAAAUUUUACAGUCACCUCAGAUACAAAUUUAGAAGAUAUGGACAUGGAACAAUUAGAACGAUUGUUCCUUAAUGGAGCACGGUCCCCGUCGAUCGUAUCAAAUUAUUCAUCAAAUGCUCCCUGGAAGUCGGAUAUUCCUCUAGAGUUAUCUGAUGUAUCAUGGAAAAGUGAUGAUAAUACGUAUGAUAAUACUCGGAUGACUUCAGUAGCAACGAACUAUCAUUUUACUGAUCCAGAUGAACAGGAAGCUUACAAUCGCAAAUCUUUAUCGGUUUCCUCUAGUUUAUGCGAUGGAGAAAAAGGAAAGAAUAAAAAUGAAAUCGCUCAACUUAAUCAAAAAAUUCGUGAAUUGAGUGAAGCUCUUAUCAAAGAAGAGGGAGAAAAGAAUAGAUUGUUAAUUGCAAAGAAUACAAUGACAGAUCGAUAUAAUAAAUUAUGGAAUGAGCAUAGAAAUUGUACUAAUAAAUCAGCUGGUGUGGGAACUAGUAAUAGUAUAAUUACAGUUAUUAAUAAUGGUAAACAAGAAAUACAGAAAUUUCUAAAAACACUUGAACCUGAAGAGAGACAAGAAUUAUUGGCUGAAUUUCUUGAAUGUUGUCAUCCCCAUGACAUUCACACUCAGCAAUCAUUAUUAGAACAUUACGCAAAGAAAACUUUUGACUUAGUUGGAUCCCUUCCAAAUGAACUAGCUACUAAAAUUCUUUCGCUAUUAUCAGCCGAAAAUCUUUGUUGCGCUAGAGAAGUGUCUAAACGUUGGCGAGAAAUGGUCAAUGAACCGGAUCUUUGGAAAGCAAAAUGUCUAUCAACUACUCAAGAUGAUCCAGUUCCUCUUGCAUAUCCUUCUGAUCCUAAUCAAUGGGAAGAGAUUUAUCGCGGUCUUCAUUAUCGUGAACAUAAUUGGGUUCUCGCGUUGAAAUUGAAAAAGACCACAUUAGUUACUGGAAGUUAUGAUGAGACUGUACGAAUUUGGGAUAUGAGGAAUGGUAGGUGUUUAAAAGUUUUACAGGGUAAAGCCAUAAUAACGGCGGGUCAUGAUAUGUCAGUCAUUGUGUGGGAUUUGAAAGAAGGGACGAAAUUGCAUACCUUUAGAGGAUUUGGUAAUAUGCUUUUGGGCAACAAUAAUUUGAUAGCUAUAAAUAGUGAUGGCUGGAUUCGUACGUAUGCACUUGAAGAAAAGCUCCAAAUCCAUCAAUACAAAAUCCCAGAUAAUUCUCACAUUCAAUGGUUUUCUGCAUUGGGAAUGGAUGUAACAUGUUCAACAACCCGUACAAUAUAUCAACUUCGUUGGCAAAACAAAUACAUUCAAACGGGAAAAAAAACAAAAGGUGUAGACGAGAUUAUCAUUGAACCGGAUUUAUCUAUGGAUCCAGUGAUAAAACGGAAAGUUACAUCUGAAGCGGAAAUAUUUUGCGGAACAACUGAUAAUACUAAAGAUAGGAUUAUUUUUAGCACAAGAUUUAAUAGCAGGACGCAUAACAAUAAAAGUAUAUAUGUUUACUCACAAGAAAAAGGUAUUAACAGAUUUGGAGGGCUGUGGGAAAAUAUGGCCGAUCAAAUGACCACAAAUAACAUGGGACCUUUAUGUAUGGAUGUUGAUCAUGAAAAAGUCAUUAUUGGAUCAAUGGGAGGAGUUGUUUAUGUUUUGGGAUUCGUUGGAGAUAGAGAAUGA